AAUCCACCCUCGUUCAUCAGUACUCUGCAUCAAAUACUCAAAAGCAAUUUUCUUCAUCCUCUUCUGUGAUAAUUACUCCUACCUUUUUGCUUCUUACAGUUUUCUUUUGUAUCCCAGCUGUGCUUUAUUUUCCUUCUAGUUCCAAUGGCCACUGUUGAGGUUGUGUCAGCGCAGAAUGCACUUGUAGAGGAAAAAAAUGAACAACCAAUCAAGGUUGAGACCACCACAGAAGAAGCGGUCACUGCAGCACCAGAGGCAGUAACUCAUGAAGAGCCAAAAGAAGCAGAGAAAGUUGCAGCAUCUGAGGAGCCCGUGGCACCAGAGCCCGAGGCCCCAGCUGAAGCUGAAACGAAAGAGGUGCUCGAAGAGACCAAGAUCGCUGCAGAAGAGCCAACAGUACUAGAGAAAACUGAGGAGGAGACACCUAAGGAAACACCAGAGCCGGUUGUUGAGGAGACAAAAGAGGAGCCGGAAGUACCCGUAGAGCCUGUUGUCGAGGAGGCUAAAGAGACUACAGAGCCCGGUGAGGCACCGGCAGAAGAAACGGAGGUUGCAGUCGAAGCCCCAAAGGAAGAAGAAGUAAAGGAAGAACAGAAGCCUGUUGAAACAGAGGAGAAGGUUGAAACAGAAACCCCAGUAGAAAAGACUGAGUAACGAGGUCAUCACGGGAGAAUGCUGCAUGGUUCCAGUGGAAGUCUAUCUAGUGGGUUCUUGUGUGUAGGUUGAAUCUUGCAUGUCUAGCUAGUGGUUUAAUAAAGGAUUAUUAUGCUAAUGGGGGUGGAGGUAUGGAAAUGUUCCACUUGGAUCAAACCAAUGCGAACUCACCGCAUUGAUGCAUUUGAUCUUUGAUUUGGAGCAGAGAUGCCUUGUGGAAUGUUCUUGUUGGUUCCUAGUAGGUUGAUGAAUUUUAUAUUAAUGGUUUGGUAUGUAAUAAAAUAAGCAGCAUCUUGUGCUGCUUUGUUUGAUAAUUGGAGCACAUAUUCUGCCUUGCUUUUA